GUUUUAUUUUGCCGUAGUUGUAACUUUUGCAUUUUCGUGUGACGUCAGAAGUACUUCCGCCAGUGAGAUCCAGAACGAGGUCUGAAGAUGAACUCUACUCAAAAGUUGCAUAAAAAACAUUGUUUUUGACUGACUAACUUUCGAAGAAUCAUGUGAAUAAAAGUCAGCACUAGAAGACACAUCUGUGAACAAUUCUAAAGUAUUACUGUCAGUGAUUCUGAAAAUCGACCCCAAACGGGGGUUACCUAGCAACUUUUCCACUAUUGAAUACUGAAAAGAAACAAAGCAAGAUGGCAACGCUAUCCUUGAAGAUAAGCAUUGUGGGUAACAACACGGUGAAGACGAUGCAAUUUGAGCCAUCCAUGUUAGUAUUUGACGUCUGCCGUAUUAUCAGAGAUCGUCUCCUAGAGGCUGGAAUACCCCACCCACCUGGAAAUCCAAAUGACUUUGGUUUAUUUCUUGCGGAUGAAGAUGUUAAGAAAGGGCUGUGGUUGGAGGCGGGAAGAUCGUUGGACUACUAUCUCCUUAGGAAUGCAGAUCUUCUGGAAUACAAGAGUAAAGUAAGAAUCCUCAAAGUACGCACCCUAGACGGUACAGUACGGAAGAUGCAGAUUGAUGACAGCCACACUGUCGGACAGUUACUCAUCAACAUCACUUCUAAAAUAGGAAUCACUAAUCAUGAAGAAUACUCUCUAAUUGUGGAGUUACCUGAUGAUGAGAAGGAGAAAACACUGACACUGAAAAGAGACAAAUCCAUUGCUAAAGACCAGAAAAAACUGGAAGAGAUGAGGAAGAAACUUCAUACUGAAGAUGAUAUGAAUUGGUUAGACCAUGCGAAAACACUCCGAGAACAAGGAAUAAACACAGACGAGGAAACCCUAUUACUGAGGAGGAAGUUUUUCUUCUCUGAUCAGAAUGUAGAUGCAAGAGAUCCAGUACAGUUGAAUUUACUUUUUGUCCAGACAAGAGACGCCAUAUUGAACGGAACUCACCCCGUGUCGCAGGAAGAAGCUAUCAUGUUUGCGGGAAUUCAAUGCCAGAUUCAAUUUGGCGAUCAUGAUGAGCAAAAGCAUAAGCCAGGACUUUUCGAGAACAAGGAAUUCUUGCCAAAAGAAUAUUGCAAAGUUAAAGGCAUCGAGAAGAAGAUUUUUCAAGAACACAGAAAGUGGGCUGGUUAUUCAGAGCGAGAUGCCAAAGUGAAAUACACUCAACAAUGUCGUGCCUUAAAGACCUAUGGAAUAACUUUCUUCCUUGUAAAGGAAAAAGUGAAGGGGAAGAAUAAGCUUGUGCCUAGAUUGCUCGGCAUCAACAAAGAAAGCGUGGUUCGAGUGGAUGAGAAGACUAAAGAGAUUAUGAAAACCUGGCCGCUAACAACAGUAAGAAGAUGGGCUGCCUCGCCUAACAGCUUCACACUGGAUUUUGGUGACCAUGCUGAUCAGUAUUAUUCAGUACAGACCCAGGAAGGAGAACCGAUUGCAGCACUGAUAGCUGGUUAUAUUGAUAUCAUUCUUAGAAAGAAAAAAGCAAAAGAUCAUCUUGGAAUUGAAGGCGACGACGAUGCUUUGAUGUACGAGGAAAACGUGUCCUCAGCAAAGGCGACGAUAAUAUCCCACCAGAGUCACAAUGUGAGCCAUCCGCAAACUGGGUCGGUCUCUAUACCAGGUGUGAUGAGGGAUGGAGGCGGAGGUGAAAGCCAGAUCAGUAUGGGCUCCAUGCAGCAAGCUAUGUUUAGCAUGCAAUCAAACCAGGCACAUGCUGGACAGGCCAUCAGACAGAGUCAGACUUUCCAAGAACAUGGACUAACGCAGGCACAGAGGGCGCUGGUACUCACCAUUGAUGAUGGAUUAUCAGCUGUCAAUCAAGCCCAGACAGAACUGGAUCAGAAAAUAGACCUACCCGAUCUCGGCUCGGAUGCCACCUCAAGAAAGUGGAAGGAAAACAAUUUAGAUCUUUCUAGGCAGAAAGUUUCGGCGCAGCUGUCUGCUAUGAAUGCUGCUACAGCACAACUUGUAACUUUAACGGGAAACGAUGAACCGGAUUAUGGCGCUGUAGGUGCAUCUGUCAAUCAAAUUUCUUCAAAUCUCGGAGAUUUCACGCAUGAUAUUCGGAUGUUAGCGGCCCUACAAGAGGAAGACAACAGUGGGGAGAAGUUGAUGGAUGCUGCACGUAGACUUGCUGGUGGACUCUCAGAUCUACUCAAUUCUGUUCAGCCUGAGCGAAGAGAGCCAAGACAGAAUGUAUUGAAUGCUGCAAGUCGUGUGGGAGAGGCGAGCCACGAUGUGAUGGACGGUGUUGGGGAGACAGCGACAGACAUGGACAAGGCUUACCAGGAUGCCCUGAUUGGUUUAGCCAAGGCUGUAGCCAAUGCCACGGCGCAGCUUGUGUUGAAAGCAAAGACUGUCGCUUCAACCACUGAGGACCAGGAAAUGCAAAACCGAGUGAUCAGUUCAGCUACAUCAUGCGCUCUGGCUACCUCUCAACUUGUAGCUUGUACAAAGGUGGUAGCUCCAACUAUUAGCAGCCAGGCCUGCCAGGAACAGCUUAUUGAGUCGGCCAAGAUGGUUGCCCAUUCUGUAGAAGGUGUCGUCGAUCAAGCAGCGGCCGUAUCGCAGGAUGAGAAACUGCUACGUGACUUAGGAGAGGCGGCGACAGCUGUCACACAGGCAUUGAACGAUCUGUUGAAACAUAUUAAACUUGGUGCAGGUCCUGCAAGGGCAUCUGAAUCCCAAGAAGAAGCAGUCGAUACCAUUCUCACCGUCACGGACCGAUUGUUCAGCAGCGUCGGCGAUGCCCACGAGAUGGUCAAGCAGGCCCGUCAGCUUGCUCAGGCUACAUCCAUGUUGGUUAACACCAUACGAGGCCAGGCCGAGUCGCACCCAGAUUCAGACGUACAGAAACGACUGCUUGCUGCAGCAAAAGCUCUUGCCGAUGCUACAGCUAAGAUGGUGGAGGCUGCAAAGGGAUGUGCAUCUAGUCCUAAUGACUCCGAACGGCAGCAGCAAUUACGUACAGCAGCAGAAGAGUUACGAUCAGCAACAAAUACUGCCGCUAGUAACGCACUGAAGAAGAAACUGGUUCAGAGGCUAGAGAGUGCUGCUAAGAACGCAGCCACGGCCUCCACACAGCUGAUCAACGCAGCCGGAAGUGCCAACAAGACAAACACCAAUAAAACAUCACAACAUGAUCUGGAAGUACAGUGCAAGACAGUAAAUGAAGAGUUAUCUACCUUGGUACAAGGAUUUAGAGGCGUGGCCAACAACCGUGACAGUGCUAGAGCUCAGCUCACUCUGCUCAAAGCUGCACAGGAAUUUGUACAGCCUGCAAACUCACUAGUCAAUGCCGCCAAUGCAGCAGCCCCAACAGUCACCGAUCAAGCAGCAGCCACGAAUCUCCACUGGAGCGUGAAGUCCAUGUCGGCAGCUCUUGCGGAGCUUCGAACAGCAUCAUCCAAGGCGCAGGAGGUCCUUGGCUUCAUGGAGUUGGAAAGCGCGCUGGAAGAAGUACAAGAACUAGAUAAAGAGCUUAUUGAGAUGAAACAAUCUGCUAAUGAUGGCACACUUAGACCACUGCCAGGCGAAACUGCUGAAACAUGUGGGGCCAGUCUUGGGGCCAACUCAAAGAAAGUGGGAUCUGCAAUGGCACAGCUACUCACAGCCGCAGCACAGGGAAAUGAUAAUUACGUUGGAAUUGCUGCACGAGAUACAGCCAACGCUCUCCGUGUAUUUGUUAAUGCUGCACGUGGAGUUGCGGCCAACUCAAAGGAUAAACAAGAACAGCAACUGAUACUAGACAGCGCACGAGAAGUUAUCGCCAAAUCUAACCAUCUUCUAGAAGCUGCCAGGGAUGUGAUAGACAAUCCUAACAAACCUGAUAAUCAACAGCGUUUACAACAGGUGGCCAAGGCAGUGUCGUAUUCACUGGAUACGUGUGUUAACUGUCUACCCGGACAGAGGGACGUGGAUAUAGCAAUUCGACAGAUCACAGAAACAAGUCAGUCACUAUCGUCACAGAGGUUCCCAAGUACGAACCGUUCCUUCACAGAUGUACAGGGUGAUAUGACGGAUCUGCCUUUGUUUUCAGGUCUUGCUAAAGAUGGAGACACCCAGAACCAGAUUGUUGGAGGGUUGAAGAGCGUUUCUAUGGUAUCAUCUAAGUUACUCUUAGCAGCCAAGAGUGUAUCAAUAGACCCCAACGCUCCAAAUGCCAAGAAUUUGUUAGCUCAGGCUGCUAGAGCUGUAACAGAGAGCAUAAACCAGUUGAUCAACAUCUGUACAGUGUCUGCCCCAGGACAGAAAGAAUGUGAUAACGCCCUCCGUCAAAUUGAGAUGAUGAAGUCAUGGUUAGAUAAUCCUAAUGAACCAGUCAGUGAUAUGCCAUACUUUGAGUGCCUUGAUACAGUUAUUGAAAAAUCCAAGUAUUUGGGUGGUGCUAUGACUGGAAUGACGAAUCAUGCGAAGAAAGGAGAAAUGGAUGAUUUCUGCUCCUCCGUACAGAGUUUCUCCUCGUCAGUGUGUGGCCUUACUGAAGCUUCUGUCCAGGCUGCCUACCUGGUAGGAAUUGCAGACCCAGCAUCAGAACCAGGUCGCCCAGGUCUCGUUGAUCAGUCCCAGUUCUCUCGUGCUAACCAAGCCAUACAGAUGGCAUGUCAGAACCUUACCAACCCCGCCAGCUCACAACAACAGGUGCUAUCAGCUGCAACAGUUGUUGCUAAACACACAUCAGCUCUAUGCAAUGCCUGCCGACUUGCUUCCAGUAAAACAGACAACCCUGUUGCCAAGAGACACUUUGUACAAAGUGCCAAAGAUGUGGCUAACAGUACUGCUAACUUGGUCAAGGCUAUUAAGGCUUUAGACAGCAAUUUCACGGAAGAAAAUAGACAGAAAUGUGCCGAGGCAGCCAAACCUCUUGUAGAUGCUGUGGAUGAAUUGACAACAUUUGCUUCUUCACCAGAAUUUGCAUCAAAACAGGCAAAGAUCAGUCCCAAGGCACGACAGGCUCAAGAACCAAUCACAUCAGCCGGUAAAUCACUCAUUGAUGGAGCCUGUAAGAUGUUGGAAGCUGCUAAACGAUUGGCUAUCAAUCCUAAAGACCCGCCCACAUACCAGCUGUACUCCAAUCACUCUAAGAGUGUGUCUGAUUCUAUAAAGAGAUUAGUGUCUGCAAUAAGAGACAGUGCUCCAGGUCAAAAGGAAUGUGAUGAAGCUAUUGAGAAUGUUAACAAGUCGAUACGAGACCUGGACCAGGCCUCCCUAGCGGCAAUAUCUGGUAAUCUUCCCUCGAGAACUGAAAGGUCACUGAGAUCGUACCAGGAACAGAUGAUCAGCUGUUCAAGAGAAAUUCUCGAAACUAUAGAAAACGUGAAGAAAGCUGCCUCAAGAGAACCGGAAAAGCUCGGUCAUGAAGUAACCAAAAUGGCAAAUUAUCUGGAACCGUUGUCAGAGGCAGCUGUUGGCGCCGCUUCAUUGAUGAACAAUUCUAAACAACAGAUGAGCACACUAGACCUGACAAAGACCGUUAUAGAAUCUACUCUUCAGUUCUUGUACUCUUCAAAGGAAGGAGGUGGAAAUCCUAAGGCUUCCACAACACAAGAAAACAUAACCACUGCUGGAGAUGACAUGAAAGAUGUUGUCCAGGAUCUGUUACAGAUGUUGGAGGAGUCCGUGUCCCAGGCUGGAGAAGUGACUACCAUGAUUGACAAAAUCAGCAAGUCUAUAACCAAGACUGAUGAAAGAAUAGAGUUGAAACAAGGUCUUGGAUUCGUUGACUACCAGACCAACAUGGUGAAACUGGCAAAGAACAUUGCAAAAACAUCACAGGAUAUGGUCGGCAAAUCUGGAACAGAUGUUGAGAAUCUUGGACUACUGGCAAAUCAGCUGACCAGGGACUUUGAUCUACUGGCCAGUGAUUCAAGAGGUGCUGCGGCAUCUGCACAAAAUGCAGAGAUUGCAAGUAGAAUUAGAGUGAAUGUACAAGAUCUUGGUAAAAGUUGUAUAGAGCUCGUACAGGACGCUGGUAACCUACAGGCCAACCCGAGCGACUCAUAUGCUAGACAAGAUAUUACCCAGCAUGCACGCAGUGUUACUGAAAAAGUAUCUUUUAUCCUGGCAACUCUGCAAUCUGGCUCUCGAGGUACACAGGCUUGUAUAAAUGCCGCCCACACUGUCAGUGGUAUCAUAGCCGAUCUUGACACCACAAUAAUGUUUGCCACAGCAGGAACUUUGAAUGCCGACGGUGAUGAAAACUUUGCUGAUCACAGAGAAAACAUUUUGAAAACUGCCAAAGCUUUGGUUGAAGAUACCAAGACGCUUGUUGCCGGAGCAGCGUCUAACCAGGAACAAUUGGCCAAUGCUGCACAGAUGGCUGUCAAGACAAUCACACGAUUGGCCGACGUUGUCAAGUUUGGUGCCGGAUCCCUAGGUUCUGAGCAACAGGAAGCGCAGGUGUUGCUGAUUAACGCUGUGAAAGACGUAGCGUCAGCAUUGUCAGAUCUGAUUAGUGCAACUAAGAAUGCUUCUGGAAAGAACGUUCAAGACCCGGCCAUGCUGCACUUGAAAGAGUCUGCCAAGGUAAUGGUAACAAACGUCACAUCUUUACUGAAGACGGUGAAGUCUGUUGAAGACGAGGCCACACGAGGGACACGAGCCCUCGAGUCCACCAUUGAAGCCAUUGGACAAGAGAUCAAGACGUAUGAAAGCACAGCGCAGGCAUAUGAAGGCAAUCCAGGAACUGACAAGAAAGCAUCGGCUGAAGAUCUCAUCAGAUACACUAAACCAAUCACCCAGGCAACUGCCAAGGCCGUUGCCGCGGGCAACAGUGGUCGUCAAGAGGAAGUUAUCGUGGUUGCCAACAUGGGACGUAAAGCUGUGUUUGACCUGCUUGGUGUCUCCAAGGCCGCUGCAGCAUCAGCAGAAACUCACGAUAUAAGAAGUAAAACAAUCCUUGCUGGUAGCACGUGUGCCGGAGCUUACAAGCAACUUCUGGAACAAGUUAAUGUGGUUUUACAGAAACCGUCAGUGGAAGCGAGACAACAGUUGACCGUGUUAUCUCGGCAGGUAGCUACAGCUGUUUCUGAAAUAGUCCAUGCAGCGGAAGCUAUUAAAGGAACCGACUGGGUGGAUCCGGAAGACCCGACCGUUAUUGCAGAGAAUGAGUUGCUCACCGCGGCUAGUUCAAUAGAGGCGGCCGCCAAGAAGUUGUCACAGUUACAACCCCGACAGAAAGCAAAGGCUGCCGAUAUGUCACUUAGUUUUGAUGAGCAAAUUUUAGAGGCAGCAAAAUCCAUCGCAGCUGCUACAGCGGCGCUUGUGAAGUCGGCUUCUGCCGCACAGAGGGAGCUGGUUGCACAGGGCAAGAGUGGAUAUGCACGGAGAAAACCAUUUGGGGCCCCUGACCCCUCAAAAAUGACGGCGGUUGGAGCAACUUAUCAUAGGACAGACACAGACGACGAUGGUCAGUGGUCCCAAGGUCUUAUAUCAGCUGCCAAAAUGGUUGCCGCAGCGACCCACAGUAUGUGUGAGGCUGCCAACACGAUGGUGCAGGGUAACGCCAGUGAGGAGAAGCUGAUUGCCUCGGCAAAGGAGGUGGCAGCAUCCACAGCAGCAUUGCUUGUAGCAUGUAGGGUGAAGGCUGAUCCAGGAUCAAAAGCCAUGCAGAGGUUACAGUCUGCAGGAAAUGCUGUUAAGAGAGCGACGGAAGCCCUCGUAGCGUCCGCCCACCAGGCUAAAGCUUAUCAAGAGGAAGAAGAAUCGGUCACCAUUAAUCAACGUAUGGUUGGAGGAAUUGCUCAGGUUCUGGCAGCCCAGGAAGAGAUUAUUAGAAAAGAAAAAGAACUACAGAAGGCCCGACAGCAGUUAGCGACAAUAUAUCAACAUCAGAACAGAUUCAAGGAGAGAACGGCCGACGAUGAUUCUUCAUCAUCGUUCUAAACAUUCGAGAAUAUAUAUAUACAAUUGUACAUACAUAAAUAACAACCAAUGAGAUUUGCUUAGUUGGUUAGUUUUAGGAUUCUGAUUGGAUACAACAUUUUAAAAAAAAAUUCAAAAAUAGCCAAUCACAUCGCAGAAUGACAAACUCUUAAUUGGUGACUGCAAUAAGAUUUUUGAAAACGGUCAGUCAGAUUAUGAUAUUCUGUUCUCUGAUUGGAUCAUUUUUCUAUGAUUAUAUACGUAAUGAUCUGGAGUUAGAAUUAUUUCUCAGAGCUGAGAUAGUAGAGCAUAAAAUUUGAAAAUAGCUGUAGCACGCUUGUUAGAGUUUUAGACAUUCUCAAAUUGAAACAUGAGAUUAUGUUAUGAAAAAUAGUUUGAAAAGAGAUAAAAAAGAAACAGAUUGUUGUUUUUUUUUCCAUUUUGUUAUAAAGAGAGUGUUUGAUAUAAAAGGACAAUCCGACAAGCACAGCAAACCUGUUAAAAACUUGACCUCCUAAAGUGCCAUUUUUUACAGUUUCUAAAUGUGGAAUCAAAUGAUGAUUCUGUCGAAUGAAUGUUAUAUAAAUUGUAUUAUGAAAAUGUGAUAUUAUUCAAGAAGCUGAAAAUAAAACAAAAGACAUAUCAAAUAAGACUGUUGCAUCAGAAUCAAAAUAUCUUGAAAAAAAGGGUAUAAGUGUAUUAUGGCAGUGAAUAUUUUGUAAUGCAUGGUUUUAGGGAACACAGAUGGACCAUCUAGCUACACAAAGUCAUCUUGAUUUUUUUUUCAGACUUUGACUUAAUUAGGUUUCAUCCAUAAAACCAUAUUGCUCAUGUAAAACUCAUGCUGUUACUAUAAAUAGCUAUUUAGAUGAGGAGUUGACGGCAUGUUGUGUAAAACUCAUGCCGUUACUAUAAAUAGUUAUUUAGAUAAGGAGUCGACUGUAUAUUGUGCAAAACUCAUGCUGUUAGUAUAAAUAGCUAUUUAGAUAAGGAGUUGACUGCAUAUUGUGUAAAAUCAUGCUGUUAAUAUAAAUAGCUAUUUAAUGGAUGAGUAGAAUGCAUAUUGUAUAUGUUUACAUACAUGUUACUGCUGAAUAUUUCGGAAGCAUUUUUUGAAAACAAUACUUUUGAUGAGCUAAAUGUAUGUUGUUUAUAUGUAACCAUGUUAUUUUUGUAUUUAAAUGUAAUGUUGACAAUAUAACAUAAAAUGCAGGCUUAAAGGCAAUAUAGUGUAAAAUACAAAGCUUAUUUUUUUUGUAAUAAAAGUGGUAUUCGUCAUCUAUCUCCAUAUACUAGCACAUUUUACAAUUUCUAUGCACCCAAGUAAUCUUAAUUAUUCUUUAACCUGUAGCUCUUGUCUACCUUUUGUCUUUAUUUAAUCGUAUCCAGAUUUUCUCACAGCUGAUGUAUUGUGAUGAUUUUAAUGGACGUAGCAAGGUUUAGUUAUGCCUAGCCUGUUUCCCCUUCAGAGUAGUGAAUAAUUCCAUUUCAUUUAACUUGGAAGGUUCCAUUGAUCAAAAAAUAGGGUAAGAGGCAUUAUUAUAAAUGAAUUUGGUAAAGUCUGCCACCCGCUAUAUUCUGGUUUAGACCUGUCUGUAGUAUAUAUAGAGAAGAGUUCAUUACAAGAAUUUAGGGGAUGACUGCAUGACAAUGAGUGGUCGGAAUUUGUACCGAGUAAUCUAUAUGUAUUCAAUACCAUGCACAUGUGUAACUUUUUACACAUUUGUCUAACCCAAUAUUGAUAUCUUUCCUCCCCCUUUUUGUAGCUGUUAACCUACUUCAAUAACAGUGCUAUACUUUUUUAUAUACAUAUCAAUUUAUAUAAACAAUUUUAUAAAUAUAUUUGAAGUUUUUGUAUGUAUUGUAACAUAGGUCAUAUACAUGUUCAUGUUGAAUUAUGUAGGUAUUGUGUAUAUUUUUGUCAUGCUUGUUUUAGGAUUUUUGUUUGAAUUUAGAAGGAUCCAGUUUUCCAGAGAUUUAGGUCAAUCUUGUUGGCAUCCCAUUUUUAGUUUGCUCCCAUAUUUUCAUUUCCAUUUUUAUUUCUCAUUUUUUGUGCACGGGAAAAGCACAAGUUGACCCGCUUUUGUAUACCCUUUUAAAAGGGUAGAAUGCUAAAAAGGGCUUAGCAUAUAAGUGUUAUAAUUAGUAGAAAGAAAUGGGGUUGAAUUUAGAGUAGUUAUUUAUACAUGUGCAGAAAUUAAGGAAAUAUUUUUGUCUGGUGACAUUAACAGCAUUGUGGGUAAAAUUAUUGCACCCCAUUUAACAGCAUUGUGGGUAAAAUUAUUACACCCCAUUUAACAGAAUUGUGGGUAAAAUUAUUGCACCCCACUUAACAGCAUUGUGGGUAAAAAUACUGCAUCCCAAUUAACAGCAUUGUGGGUAAAAUUAUUGCAUCCCAUUUAACAGCAUUGUGGGUAAAAUUAUAGCAUCCCACUUAACUGCAUUGUGGGUAAAAUUACUACAAUGCAAUACCAGUUUUAUUGGCUUGUGGAGGUUCAGAGUUCAGGAUAAACGUUGCUGUUUUAGUCCUAGGCUGUGCUGUAGUAAAUGCUCACUGUGCAAACCUCUCCACCGAACCCCACCCCCUCCACGAUCAUGGGAAAAAGUAUAUCCCCAUUUGUCUAAAUGAUCUUAACAAUGCACUAUGUUGAGUUGUGGGGUGGCAGAAAUAUUUUCUGAUUUUCAGCCGUUUGUGGUAAUGUUUGAGCUGUGUUAAUGGAUUGUUUGUUAUAUUUUUGAUAGAAAAACAGAAUAUAAUUUGCUGUUUGUUUGUAUAAUUGUUAUAUAUACUGCAUUGUGAUAUGGAAGUAUUGAUCAAGUUUGGUGAUUAAGUUCUGUUCAUUUUAAUCAUUUGUUUAUGAAACAGGAGGAGAUAACUGCAUGUAUUUUUAAUGUACUGAGGUCAGUUCAGUGGCCUUCUUGAAAUUUUUUAUCAGAAAAAUGUCACUUGCCUCUAGAUUUAUAUCCAAACUUUUGAACAGGUCUAUUCUUUCUUUUCUUUCUUUUUUUGUUGACAUUAAGUUUUGGUAAUUUUGAAUAAAGAGUGAAAACAUUCUAUUGUACGAUGUGUAAGAAAUAUUUAGUUUGACAAUGCUGUUAAGGUAAUGGACUUGUAAUAAGGUUUGGCAAUUUCCGUGUGAAUACAUAAUCUCCAUACCUUACUUCGGUUUUCUACGGCUGAUAAUGUAUCUAAAACAAACACAAAUUUCCCGGCCAGCCAGGAAAUGCUGAAAACGUAUUUGGAGAACACGUAAUCAAAAGGCAGUAUACCGAUUGUCACUAACGGUCCCCUGCCUUAAAGUAAUACAUGUACAGAAUUUUGUUUUUACUGCGUUAGUCACACGUUAUAUCAUAAUAUCUGUGAUAACAAAUACAGUAGUAUGAUCUGGAGGCAAGUCCAUUUAAAGAUGGCACUUUUUGUGUUGGAUCCUCAACAGUUUUUAACACAAAGGGACAUAGGAAUUAUUCUUUAACUUGUGCUGAAAAUAUUAUUACAUUUUAUAACUAGAUUUUCACCAAAAUAUUUGCCAAAAUCUCCAAGCUGUGUUAAAUAAUGUAUGGCCUUACGCAAACUAAUUGUCUAGCAUUGUUACAACAUAAACUCUUUAACUAAUGUUGUUGCUUUAGUCUGUAAAAUGCAGGAAUUUUAUUGUCUAGCAUGAAUGAAGUUUUCCAAACUUUUAGCUCUAAGCAUUUAGCAGGUUUUGCUAUGGUCACCAACCAUUUUGUUUUUAGCUCACAUGUCACAAAGUGACAGUGUGAGCUUUUGUGAUCACGCAGCGUCCGUCGUCCGUCGUCCGUCCGUGCGUCCGUGCGUAAACUUUUGCUUGUGACCACUCUAGAGGUCACAUUUUUCAUGGGAUCUUUAUGAAAGUUGGUCAGAAUGUUCAUCUUGAUGAUAUCUAGGUCAAGUUCGAAACUGGGUCAACUGCGGUCAAAAACUAGGUCAGUAGGUCUAAAAAUAGAAAAACCUUGUGACCUCUCUAGAGGCCAUAUUUUUCACAAGAUCUUCAUGAAAAUUGGUCAGAAUGUUCACCUUGAUAAUAUCUAGGUCAAGUUCGAAACUGGGUCACGUGCCGUCAAAAACUAGGUCAGUAGGUCAAAUAAUAGAAAAACCUUGUGACCUCUCUAGAGGCCAUAUUUUUCAUUGGAUCUGUAUGAAAGUUGGUCUGAAUGUUCAUCUUGAUGAUAUCUAGGUCAAGUUCGAAACUGGGUCAGCUGCGGUUAAAAACUAGGUCAUUAGGUCUAAAAAUAGAAAAACCUUGUGACCUCUCUAGAGGCCAUACUUUUGAAUGGAUCUUCAUGAAAAUUAGUCAGAAUGUUCACCUUGAUGAUGUCUAGGUCAAGUUCGAAACUGGGUCACGUGCCAUCAGAAACUAGGUCAGUAGGUCAAAUAAUAAAAAAACCUUGUGACCUCUCUAGAGGCCAUAUUUUUCAUGGGAUCUGUAUGAAGGUUAGUCUGAAUGUUCAUCUUGAUGAUAUCUAGGUCAAGUUCGAAACUGGGUCAGCUGUGGUUAAAAACUAGGGUCAGUAGGUCUAAAAAUAGAAAAACCUUGUGACCUCUCUAGAUGCCAUAUUUUUCACAAGAUCUUCAUGAAAAUUGGUCUGAAUGUUCACCUUGAUGAUAUCUAGGUCAAGUUCGAAACUGGGUCACGUGCCCUCAGAAACUAGGUCAGUAGGUCAAAUAAUAGAAAAACCUUGUGACCUCUCUAGAGGCCAUAUUUUUCAUGGGAUCUGUAUGAAAGUUGGUCUGAAUGUUCAUCUUGAUGAUAUCUAGGUCAAAUUCGAAACUUGGUUAGCUGCGGUCAAAAACUAGGUCAUUAGGUCUAAAAAUAGAAAAACCUUGUGACCUCUCUGGAGGCUAUACUUUUGAAUGGAUCUUCAUGAAAAUUGGUCAGAAUGUUCAUCUUGAUGAUAUCUAGGUCAAAUUUGAAACUGGGUCACGUGCCAUCAAUAACUAGGUCAGUAGGUCAAAUAAUGAAAAAACCUUGUGACCUCUCUAGAGGCCAUAUUUUUCAUGGGAUCUAUAUGAAAGUUGGUCAGAAUGUUCAUCUUGAUGAUAUCUAGGUCAGGUUCAAAACUGGGUCACAUGAGGUCAAAAACUGGGUCACUAUGUCAAAUAAUAGAAAAAAAUGACGUCAUACUCAGUUCAAAACUGGGUCAUGUUGGGACAGGUGAGCGAUUCAGGACCAUCAUGGUCCUCUUGUUUUUUUGCUUUUUCUGUAGGUUAUAAAACUUGUAAGGUAUAUAGGUUUGUUUUGCAGUUCUGUAUCAUUACCCUUUAGCAUGCUAGGUAAAUUGUCGUCUGCUGCAAAUGUCGUCUGCUAAAAUUGUUAAGUUCAUUCAAUUUGCUCCAAAAUUGGAAGAAAUAUUGUCAGAGUAGCAAACAGCUUGGAACCUGAUCAGACGCCGAUUUAAUCGGCGUCUGAUCUGGUUCCAAGCUGUUUGCAAAGGCUGUUAAAUUCGCCUGCAGCAGGCUAAGGGUUAAAGAUGUUUUAACGUUGAACAUCAGAUCAUCAGUUGGAAGUGGUAUACGAGGGAUUCAUUUGUCAAGUGGUUAAUAGUGGCCGACUUAGAAACAUUUGCUCCACACCACUACAAAUAUUCUAAAUCUCACUUGUGGUCGAGAAUUCUUUCGUGUGAGAAAGUCGUCUACUUGGCAUUUGGAGGGUUAGUUCUUCCCAGGUGCCCGCCUGUGCCAGAAGUAAUGUUCAGGAGGGUACCUGGUGUCUUUCUCAUCCAUUAAAAAAAAAAAAAAACAACAGAAGAUCACUUUAUGACAUAUUGUUGUAUUGGUGUGACUUAACCUAAAAAAAGUCAAUCAAACAGUGGUAUUCAGAAUCUCAGAUAUUCAUCACCAUGUCCCAUAUCAUCGUACAUUUUGAAAAAAAAAAAAUAUCAGUGUACAUUUUCAUACUGUAACAGCAAAAGAAAUAUACAUGUAAAUAAUUGACUUUUCAGAACUUAUGUAUUUUGCUGCUAUACGCCUUCUUUGUGAGGUUUAAGAUAAUAAGACUUGAGAUAGGAGACCAGUCUCAGAAUUAAGCUUUCUCAUUGGUCAGUUUCAAGACUGAGCUCAAAAUCAACCAAUCAGAUGCUAGAGUUUUUAGACUGGUCUAAAAUUUCAAAUUUAUAAUCUUGGGCCCUGUGCUUUGAAACAUAUACAUAUUUUUGCAUGUGUUUUGUAAAAAAUUUGCAGAAAUUAGAGAAUUAUGAACUGGGAUGAAGAAAAAAAGUGCCAUAGUUAAAAAAAGUGCUGAAUCAUGACAAAAUUACAGUAGUUUCUUACAUGCAUUACUAAAGCAUUACAGAUGCGUUACGGAUGAAAAAAUAUCUUGUUAAUUUACAUUGUUAUUUCUGAUACAUAUUACGGAUGCAGAAAUCAUUUAUUUUGAUUUUGCUCCUCUGUUAUGUAAUAAAUUUAUUAAAAAUGUAAAAUUCUGUUUAACAUUCACAAGAGGUCUAAAAGAAAUUAAUAUGCUGAACAUAGGUGAAUGUGUGCCUACAACUUUGAUAUGAUAAUUUUUUCAAAAUAUUCUGCAUUUAAACUCAGUUGCAAUGACCAGUAUAAUGGACAUGAUAAAUUUUAACACAUGUUUGCUAGGCUGAAGUCAAAACUUUAUUUAAAAAAAGAAAGUAUAAUUCGUAUAUCUCCCUUUAAAGCACUUACUGAAUCACUUGCUGAACAAUAGUCAAAACUACAUGCCCUUGAUGCUGAGGUUGGGAUCAAUUUUAACUAUUGACUGCCUGGCCAUUCAGUUCAGUAAGUGUAAAACAGAGGUUUAGGAUUAAGUCGAGUAGUUUCUUAACUUUAUCGUACUCUUGGUUGAAUGUUUAGAUGUUUUACUGAGUGACAGACAAAAUCCCUCUGGACUAAAAAUCCCUCUGCUCAGUUUCAUCAAGGAGAACAAAAUCUAAUCCUAUGAUCUUGUUGAAUACAAUAACAGAAACAAAAAGAAA